AUGCUCACAGAAGAGGAUUUAGAUGACCUAAUCAAGGGGCUGCGAAGUGACAAGGAGGUUAUUGUGCCAACCAUAACGGCAAAGGACAUCAAAAAAACACUGGAGCUGAUAGAAGAAAACCAUCUAGAGUGGGAAGUAAUGACCAAUCCAACAAAGUACGCAGACAAGCAAAUACUAAGAUUUUGGAAUAAAAUAAUGAAAGAAGCCAAGUGCGAAGAGGAAAAAAUAUGGUGCGUAGUUAAGGCAAAGCUAUUGGAGAAAUUCGAUAAAAAAUAA